AAUAAUAUUUUCAUAUUUCACAAGAAUUGCUCUGGCUUAUUUAAAUUGUACUUAGAACUUUGUAUUAAAUUUGUGAACGGUGUUUAAGGUAAACCCAAAAACAAGUUUCUGUAUUAAAAAAUGAGCAAUGCUGGGACUAAAUUCGAUCAGCCACCCCUUAAGUUUGAAAAUGCGCCCGAAAGUGAUAGUGAGCUGAGAAAACGGUUGGCGAUAGAGGAAAUAAUUACACAAAAUGUUAACCAACACAUAGCUCUUGAUGUACUUAUAAAACUGUCCUUGACACCCCACGGUUUGGUAAAUGAUAACAUACGAAGGGUUUUAUGGCCUCAGUUAGUAGGGGUCGAUAUUAACAGAUUAGAGAGAGCUCCUUCUCUCGAUGAUUUGCAAAAUCAUCCUGAAUACAAUCAGGUUGUACUAGAUGUAAAUCGGUCAUUGAAACGAUUUCCCCCUGGUAUUCCGUAUGAACAACGAAUUGCCCUUCAAGAUCAACUUACUGUACUUAUACUACGUGUAAUUAAAAAAUAUCCUAAUUUGCGGUACUACCAAGGCUAUCAUGAUGUCGCGGUUACAUUUUUGUUAGUUGCAGGCGAAGAAGUGGCUUAUGCUAUAAUGGAGCAACUGUCUACAACACAUUUUUCUGAAUGCAUGCAAGAAACAAUGGAAGCCACGCAAAGACGCCUUAUGUUUAUCUGGCCUGUCAUUAAGUUUGAAAAUCCAGAACUUUUUACAUUUUUGCAAAAGUCUGCGGUGGGCACUUUGUUUGCUUUGCCAUGGUAUUUGACCUGGUUUGGUCAUAGUUUAAAUUCAUACAAAUCUGUUGUCCGUUUAUAUGACUACUUUCUAGCAUCUCCCAUUUACACACCUAUCUUCGUAACUGCUGCUAUUUUACUAUAUCGGUCAAGUGAAAUAUUGAAGGAGGAGUGCGAUAUGGCAUCCGUGCAUUGCCUCCUAUCAAGGCUUCCAGAAAACUUACCAUUUGAGGAGCUGUUAAAAACUUCUAGUAAACUUUUUAAUAAGUACAGCUUAGCUAAAAUAGAGAAAGAUGUUGAUGAACUUAUCCGAAACGAGAUCGAGAAGCGGCAAGCAGAAGAAAAACUUAUCUUGGAGCGGCGAAGAAAGAUUUCCCAGCGUGACACAGCAAGCAGAAGUUUGAGCUUAAGUCAAUGGCUCCCAAAUGUGUUAACCACAAAGUCGGUACUAGUAACAACUGCUGUUUCCAUUGUAGUAGGGUUUUGUGCAUAUUAUUACAAAAAUCAGUAUCUAGCGGCAGGUAUAAGCUGAAAAACAGCUGUUUGUCUUACUUGGAACCUUGGCUUUAUAUCACGAUUCCAACAAAUUCACCCCAAAGUGAGUUUAAUGGUUGAGGUUUCAUAAAUUUCAACCAUAUAAAUAAUUAAUAUAAUUAAAACAUAUUAAUUUAGCCCUUCAUCAUUAUAAAGAUGUUUCAUAAACUAAAUGUAAAAUUUUGUGUACAUACAUAUAUGUGAUGUAUUUUUAAGUUAAACUCAUUUAUAUAAUCAAUGAUAACAAUGAUAACUAAGAUAAAUAUGUGUGAACAACAAUAAUUUUUUUCCAUAAAACAAUAAUUGUGAAUACAUUUA